GCGGAGUAGUACGAAAGCUUUAUUUAGCUUCUUGUGGUUUUUGAUAAAGAAGAUUAAAAAAAGAAAUGAGACGUUGGCGUUUGUUGAUGUUUCUGUUCAUCACUGAGCUGAUUUACAAAACACAAGGUUUAAAUAUUAACUGUGAGUUUAGUGUCAAAGAAGUAGUUAAUGUUGGAGAGGCUUAUGUUUGUGAAAUCAAAGAAACAACAGUUGUGGAAGAGAAUGAUUUGGUAGCUUCUGUGAGUGGGGAGCAUCUUCCGGGAAAAUACAACGAGGAUGUCGAAGCUUUAAUUGCUGAAAAUCAAAAGAUUUAUUAUCUUCCUUCGGAAAUUGAAAAUUUCUUUCCAGCUCUUCAGAGUAUUAGCAUUUUGAACUCUGAACUCAAGAAAGUAUCAAUGGAAAAUCUGAAAUGGUUUCCAGAUUUGGUGGCUUGUGAUUUUAGUGGCAAUCUUAUUGAAUCACUUGACGAAAAUAUGUUUGCAUUCAACGCUAGACUUAAAUAUGUUUUAUUCAAUUCUAACAAUUUGAGAAAUAUAAAUUCAAACGUUUUCGAUUCGCUGAAUGAACUAGAAGUAGUCGAUUUGAGAAACAACAUAUGUAUUGAUGAAUCAUACGAAAGAUUAGAAGACAUUUCUACAUUGAAGAAGCACAUUGAAGAAAAAUGUACACAGGAAGACCAUGAAAAUAAUAUGAUUUAUGAUUUAAACUCCUCUGAUAAGAAUUUGGAUGAGGGAAAUGUUCCAGAAGAUAUCACGAGAAAAGUUAUGAAAACUUCCAUUGUAAAUUUAAUCGACAAUGAAAAUUCUGAAAUGGUUGAAAAUAUGGAUUUAAUUUGUGAAUUUAAUGAAACAUUUUGGGAAUAUUCUGAAGCAAUUUUAUUGACAUGCAAUAUCCAAAACCAGCCAAUUAAAUUUCUUGGAAUGAAGCUUAAGUUAUCUCCAGAAAACGCUGAUAAAAUCGAAGGCCUCAAUUUCAAUAGAAACACAAAUAUGAAAUAUCUUCCUGUGGAAAUUGCAGAAGUUUUUCCCAAUCUUCUUGAGAUUUCCGCCAAAGAUUCAUAUCUCGAAUCAAUUUCAAACAAUAAUUUUAAAGGACUUCAUAAAUUAAAAAAUCUUUUCUUGGAAUCGAAUGACUUAAAGAUAAUUGAAAGUCAAACUUUCGAAGGACUCUUCAGCCUUGAAGAACUCGAUCUCAGUGAUGGUGACAUUCAUUUUAUUGAAGAAGCUUCGUUUAAUCAUUUACCUGCUCUAAGGAAUUUAGAUUUGAGUGCAAAUAAAUUGAAAUUUCUGGAAGCAAAGAUAUUUAAAGGAUUACCAGAGUUAUUGAAUAUCUCACUUGAACUAAAUCAUUUGAGUGAUUUAGACGAUAAUUUGUUUAGUUCCAACACGAAAUUGAAAAAUAUUUUAUUGAGUAACAACAAUCUUGUUAGUGUGUCACCUAAUGUUUUUGAAGGAAUGAAUAGUCUUUCAUCUGUGGAACUCGAAGGAAACGAAUGCAUUGAUGGAAAUUUCGAUUCAUCUAAUUUCACAUUCAUGAAGAGAACUUUGGAAGAAGAUUGUUCAUCUAUUGUCAUAAUUCAACGAGUUCUAAGAAAGAAAACUAUUAAAAGAAUUGGAGAUGGCCAACUGAUUGAAGUUGAAGAAGGAAUCAGACAUGAAUAUCAAUUUGAUGAUGAUGAACAUUUAUUCUCAAUUGUUCAAGAAGUUCAAAUGGUUCCAAUUGAACAGACCUCUAAAGUUCCUGAAAUUGUAUUCACAGAAGCGCCACAUGUUCAGGUUGAAGUAAAUCUCGAGAAUGAUCUUACAGAGAAAAGAGUUUCUUGCGCAUAUCUCGACUUGUAUUGGGCUUUUUCAAAUCAAAUUUUAAAAACUUGUGUAAUUAAAAAUAAGACCAUUGAUUCAAAAGGAUUCAGAAUUACUGAAUCUAUCGAGAAUUCGGAAGUGGAAGUGUUAAGUAUUGUUGAUGGAAAGAAGAUUAAAUACCUCCCGUAUAAUGUUGCUGAAGUGUUUCCCAAGCUGAUACAAUUUUCAGCUCGUAACUCGUCUUUAGUUUUUUUAUCAGCAAAAACUUUUGAAGGUCUCGAAUCUCUCAAGAGUUUAAAUUUAGCAAAUAACAAUAUAAAAUCUAUUGAACCUGGAAUUUUCGAUGACCUCAAAAGAUUAGAACGACUUGAUUUGCGAAAUAAUAAAAUGGAAUACAUCGAUGAGACAAUUUUUCAAGGAUUGAAAUCGCUAAAAGCUUUAAGACUUGGUGGAAACAAAUUUCAUUUUAUUCAUUCAAAAAUAUUCCGAUCGUUGCCAAAUUUACAAAACAUUUCUUUGAGUGAUAAUCAGCUGUCAACAAUUGAUGAAAAUCUUUUCAAAACAAAUCGAAGGCUCAAAAAUGUUUGGAUUCAAAAUAAUAAAUUGAAAUCGAUAAGCCCAAAUGUUUUUAAUAGCGCAAGAAAUAUCGAAUACGUUGAUCUUCGUGAUAAUAAAUGCAUAGAUUCGUUUUAUGAAAGUUCUUCGUUUGAAAAUAUGAGAAAAGAAAUUCUGCAAAAAUGUGGGGCCGGAUAUGUUAUAAAGCGUAGACAUCAAGUUCCAAAGGAUCAUAAUUUCGUUGAAGAACAAAAGAAUAUUGUGAAGAAAAAAAAGAUCAAAGAAAAGUCAAAAGAGGUAGAAAUAAAAGAAGUUGGAUGUGAAUAUGAAGACAUUUUUUGGCCAAGCCUCAAUGAGACUUUAUUCACAUGUAUUUUAAUUAAAGAAGAAAAUUUAGAUCAACCAGGAUAUCAAAUUGUUCCGAAUAUAAAUUUCUUUGCUCUACCUCUUAUUGAUGGUGACACUGUGCAAGCAUUCAAAUUUACAGACAACAAAAUGGUUGAAUUCUUGCCUGACAAUAUAAGCGAGUCAUUUCCAAAUCUCAUUGCAAUUAAUGGUUCCGGAAGUUCUCUCACUUCAAUUUCUAAAACGAAUUUUAAAGGUUUGAAAUAUCUCAAAUCUCUCGAUUUAACUGACAUCAAUAUCAGAGAUAUCGCAUCAGAUUCCUUUGAUGAUUUGACGACAUUGGAAGAACUAUUGAUUGAUAAUAGCGUUUUAGAUGAAACAAAUGAGAAAUUAUUUGAACAUCUUUCAACUCUCAAAAUAUUAAAAUUAAUUGGAAAUAGAAUGAAAAAAGUAAAUCCAGAUUUUUUCACAAACUUAAGUACAUUAAUUGAAGUUUCUAUUGAUAUGGACACAGAAAAUACUCAAAAAAUUUCAGAGGAACUUUUAAAAAGAAAUGAAAACGUCAAAUCAAUAACAAUUCAAGGUGAAAUUAUUUAUCCAUAUAAAGCACAUUCAACAACGACGGAAGUGUCAGAAAAUCUUGAGGAACCAGAGAAGAAAUUUGAAGGAGCUCUCAAUGAGGUUGAAUGUGAAUUCCUUGAAAUGAUUUCUACAUUUACGAAUGAAAGCUUGUUUACAUGCUUAAUAUCUGAUGUUGAUCCACUGCUCACGAGCUAUUCUAUUAUAAAUGAUCAAAAACUGAAGAGUGUGAAAAAAGUAAGCUUUGAUAACAACCAAAUAGAAAGAAUUCCUGAAAAUCUUUCAUCUUUCUUCCCCCAACUUAUUGAAAUAUCGGCAGUGAACAGCAGCAUUAUUGAAAUUGAUGGAAACUCAUUCAUAGGUCUUCGCAAUUUGAAAUCAUUGGAUCUUUCAGGAAACAAACUAAAACACAUUGAACCAGAAACUUUCAAUGGAUUAGAAUCUCUUGAAAAUUUAGAUUUGAGUUACAAUGACAUGGAGUUUCUCGAGGAAGAUAUUUUUAAUGACUUGAAGAAUCUUAAAAACGUAAAUCUCGAAUCUAAUAAAUUGCAUUAUUUACAUCCUAAAACCCUGCAUCUAUUAAAAUAUUUGGAAGUUAUAAAUAUUGACAACAACUUUUUAUCAGUUCUGGAGCCAUCCUUACUAAAGCAUAACGUUAAACUCAAGAUGAUUUCUCUCAACAACAACAAAAUUGAAUCAAUUGAUCCAGAAAUCAUGAAAUAUUUGAAUAAUAUUGAAAUUGUGAGUCUACAAAAUAACAAUUGUAUUAACGGAACCUUUGAGCAAUCAACGAUGUCUGAAUUGAAAGAUGAAAUUGAAGCUAAUUGUGUGACUGAAAAGAAAAAUGAAGUUGAAAAAUAUUUAGAAUUGGAGUGUGAAUUCGAUGAAGAUGCUGAUUUAUGUUCUGUAGAUGAUCAAGCAGUUGAUCAUCCUUCGUAUUCAAUUAAAAUGUUGACACGUCCAAAUAGUUUCAAUGCAAAUGUUAAUCAUGUUAGAAAUAUUUCAUUUCAAGGUCCCAACAUUAAAUACCUUCCUUAUGGAAUGUUUGAAAUGUUCCCAAAUAUUGAAGAAAUUUCAGCUUCUAAUUUGGCUUCAAUAUCAAGAAGAAAUUUUGCUAACUUGGAAUAUCUCCAAGUGUUGAAACUUAAAACAUCGAAUAUUGAUUCAGAUUCUUUUGAAAAUUUGAAUGAUCUUAAAUAUUUGCAGCUUGAAACUGAAAGACAGUCAAUCGAUGAUGUGAAUCUUUCUGACCUUUCAUCACUCAAGACUUUUCAAUUGAAAGCUGAAAAUAUAAAAACAUUAAAUCCUUUUAUGUUGAAUACGUUGCCGGAACUAGUUGAACUGAUAAUUGAUAUCAAUUCUGAUCCCGAAUCUGAUGAAAUUCACCAACUUACACAAAAUUUAAUCAUAAAUAACCGAAAAUUAAAACUGAUUAUAAUUAAUGGAAAAAUAAUCAAAAACACGACGGAUGAAGAAGUUGAAUUUUUGCCAGCAAAUAUUGGCAAAACAUUGCCAAAUCUUGUUCAACUUUCUGCAGAAAAUUCUUCAAUUAUGAUGAUACUUAAAGAUGACUUUGAAGAUUUAGAGAAGCUGAAAUUUUUAGACUUAUCGGGGAAUAUGAUUGAAAACAUUGAGUCGGAAACUUUCAAUGAUGUCGGCUCUCUGGAAGAAAUUGAUUUGAGUAAUAACAAAAUUCAUCAUAUUCACAAAGAUGCUUUUCCAUAUUUGGAGAAAUUGAAUUCGAUUAUGUUGAAUGAAAAUCAAUUGAGUUUCCUCCAUCCGAACGUGUUUUCUAAACUUCCAGGGUUAAUGAUACUCAAAUUGGAGGGUAACAAUUUGUCGCAAUCCAUCCAAGAUGAAUUGUUUAGAAAAAUGUUUAAUUUAGAAAGCACAGAAGCUCUUAAACCGGAAACAAUCAUUUCCUCAAUUACUUUACGACCAUAUGAAAGUAGCAAUGAAGCUCCUUGUUCAUUCAAAGACAUUUACUGGGAUUAUGGCGGAUAUCCACUAUUCACUUGUCAGUUGACAGAUUUCAACAAUCAAAAUGUUAAACCUUCACCACUGAAUAAAAAAGUUACAAAUCUUCAAAUCGAUGGCAAAAACGCUUUCUCUAUCCCCCAGAACUUUGUAAAAGAGUUUCCAAAUUUAAUUUCGAUUUCAUUAACAAAUACUUCGCUAAAAUUCAUUCCGAAUAAUUUGUUUAAUCUGAAAAGUUUGAUAAUCAAUUCGCAUAAAAUUAAAUUUAUUGAUCCGAAUGCUUUUUAUCAUUUGGAAGGAUUAGAAGAACUCAUUUUGAAAGAUAAUCAGAUAAAAGAACUUGCUGAAUCAACAUUUGAUAAACUGAAGAAUCUUCGUGUUCUUAAUUUAAGUGGAAACUCACUCACAACUAUCCCCGAUAGUAUUUUUGAUAACUUAUUGAAGUUACAAAAUAUUUCCUUAGAGAAUAAUAAAAUUAAUAAAAUCGAUUCUCCAAUUUUUAAAUACAAUUCCAAACUCGAGCAUGUUUGGCUUAAGGACAACAAUUUGAAGGCUUUACAUCCACGAAUAUUUGACAAUCUCCCACUUUUGAAACAAAUUUGGUUGGAAGGAAAUGAUUGUAUUAAUGAAAAUUUUGAUCGAAAUAAUAUUUCUCAAAUUCAGUUUGCUAUUAUGAGAAGAUGCCAGCAAGUAGCAGAGAUUGUUGAAAACAAAAUCUUCAGAUCUGACACGAAGCCAAGCAUUCCCAAAACUUAUGUUCAAGAGACGGGCCGUGACCAGAAGUUGUCAUGCAAUUUCGAUUAUAUUAAAUGGAAUGAUGUCAUAAUUUAUAAUUGUGUAUUAAAACUACAAGUCAACUAUCAUCCCAACAUGGAAUUUGAACAUUCUACAGAUUUAAUUUAUGUUCAAGGAAUUCAAAUUGACAAUCAGAAAAAUAUGAAAACUUUGCCAAGGAAUAUCGGAAAAACUUUUCCAGAACUUUUAAAAUUUUCUGCUCGAAAUUCUUCAAUUUUGUCGGUUGAGCCACAAAAUUUUAAUGACUUAAAUAAACUUCAAUUUAUUGAUUUAUCAAACAAUAAAAUUGAAAAUAUCGACAGUGGUACUUUUGACAACUUAAAUUCACUUAAGGAACUCGAUUUGAGUUAUAAUCAAAUCAAAAAUAUUGCAAAACGGAGUUUGCCAAAGACUUUGGAAAUAUUAAAAGCUGAUCGAAAUCGACUUGAAUCGUUGUCACCAGAAAUACUAGAAAACUUAAGUAAUCUCAAAGUUUUAUCAUUUAAUGGGAAUAAAAUAAGCUCAAUUGGACCACAUAAUUUUGAAGGAAACGGUGAGAUGGAAAUAUUAAACUUAGCUGGAAAUGCAAUCAAAAUCAUUCAUCCAAACGCAUUCGAUAUGCUUCCAAAUUUGAAGGAAAUUGAUUUAAUUGAAAAUGUUUGCAUAUCUGAAGUGUUCACAUCAUUAACAUUUUCAGCAAUGAAAUUUAAAAUUCUUCGUCAAUGUCAAAACGACAUUUAUCCAAAUUUUAUUGAUCACAGUAAACCAUUUGUUCAAGAAACGAGUUCGCUUGCACCACAGAGCUUAUUUGAGAACGAAAACGAUCAGUUUAGAGCUGAUCCCAAUCUUGAUAUGCAGAAAUAUUACGAAGUGGAGAGAAAACCAUGCAAAUAUGAUGAAACAUACUCAGAUUUUUCAAAAUCAAACUUAUUCACUUGCUCCUUGGAAGAUGUCGUCGAAACAAAACCUUUUGUAAUUAAAGAUCAACCAGAAAAUCGUCGAGUUAAGCGAAUGAUACUCAAUGACAAUAAACUUAACAAUUUUCCUAAUGAUAUUGGUCAAACAUUUCCUAGUCUCAAGGAGCUGUCAGCGUCAAAUUCUACGUUAUCUUAUAUUCAUCCUGAAGCAUUCAAAGAUAUGCCUUUCCUUAAUAAUUUAGAUUUGAGUGAUAACAAUUUACAACUACUUCCUGAAAAAAUGUUUGACGAUUUAUUGUCGCUAGAAGAGUUAAAUUUAAGCGGAAAUAAACUUGAGUAUCUGGGAGACUUAAAAAUUGGUUCAUUAAAAAGCUUGCACCUUGAUGAGAACAAACUGAUUUGUAUUAGUCAUAAAGCAUUUUGGAAUUUUCCAAAUCUCGUAACUCUCAAUCUCGCUCGUAACCAUCUCACAAAACUUGACAAAAAUACUUUCAAAAAUAAUCUCCAACUCGAAUUUCUUAACUUAAAGGAAAAUGAUAUCAUAUCAAUCGACGAAACUACUUUUGAAAGAUUGGAAGAAUUAAAGGAACUUCACUUAGGUCAUAACAAAUGCAUUGAUACAAUGUUUGGACCAAAUUCGCAAGAAGAAAUUAAAAUUGCGCUUCAAAACCAGUGUUCACCGAUUGAAGUGCUUAAAUCACAACUAAAUAAAUGCAAUAACUUGAACAACAUCUGUAAAGGUGAUCAAGCAUCAUCAAUGCUUGUAAGCAGAUCGAUUAUUAUCAGCAUGAACAAAGAAAAUACAAAACUACGCAAUUUUUUGGUAAAUUCGGAGGAUAAAAUUUCUUCCUUAAAUAAAACCUUGCAUAGAAUGAGAAAUAACUUGAGUUAUGAGAAACAUUCCAAUCGCAAACUCAAAAAUGAAUUAAUAAUCCUUGAGAAUGAAAAUCAGCAACUUAGAAUGACAUGCGAGAACAGCAACAGACAAUCAAAUAUAAACUUGGAAUGUAAUUUCACGAAUACCUUACCUUUGUAUUAUUCAUGUGAAGCUGUAAAAUUGCAAGUUCUUUUCGAAAAUACAACAAUUCAAGAUGUCAAAGGUGAUCACGCAAGAGGCAAGAGAAAUGUCGAUGUUACAAGUUUGGAUGUCUCUGAUAAACUUGUCAAACUCAUUCCGAUUGGAAUUGGAAGCCAUUUCCCUAAUCUUAAAAAACUUGUUCUGAAGAAUACAUUCCUCGGAAAGAUAAAUGAAAACGAUUUCUCUGAUCUUGUUUCUUUGAAAGAAUUAAUCAUACUUGGAAAUGACAUAACUUCAAUCGAAAAUGGAUCAUUUAGUAACUUAAAACAAUUGGAGUUCUUAGAUUUGUCAAACAACAACAUCGAAUCACUUCCAUCAAUGAUUUUUGAUAGAAAUGCUAAUCUCAAAUUUUUAUAUCUCACAAACAACCAAAUCAAAACGGUUCUCUCCGAUUGGCUACCAGUGACGAACAAAAUCUACAGCUUCUCAGUAAAUCAAAAUAAAGUGGAAAACAUUGAUCCGAAAAUCUUGAAACGUCUCGUUGGAUCGAAGUACAUUGAUUUCACAAACAAUGAAUGCAUUGAUGAAAAAUAUAGCACCGAAGAAAACGGCCAAAUUUCAUCACUUAUGGCGCUUUUCGGAAAAAUUACUAUCCAAUGUGAGAUUACAGCAUGUGAAGGGUCGUGA